CAAUCCAACCAAAGGCCUUUCAACUUCAUCCUCGAUCCACUGACCUGCCAAAUGCCGAACAGCCCGUCAUGUCGCUUUCGUUGAUUUUGGUUCUUCGGCUUUGCAGGUUGCUAUUUCAGCAUUCCACAAAGGCAAAGUGAAGAUGUUGGCCUGCACCUUCGAUCCUGCCUUGGGAGGACGCUCUAUCGAUAUUGCCAUCGCUCAUCAAUUGGCACAAGGAUUUAACAAGCCAGGAAGCGAUGUGACCAAAAACAAGCGUUCCUGGAUUCGUCUCUUAGCUGAGGUUGAUAAAUUGAAACGUCAAAUGUCUGCGAACGUCUCUGCCCUUCCUAUUAACGUCGAAUGCCUGAUCGAUGAAAGAGAUUUCUCUGCAAAGAUGAAAAGAUCCGACAUGGAAGAGCUUUGCGCCCCUCUCUUCGAACGAGUUGAAAAAACAUUGCGACGAUGUCUUGCCGAAUCGGGACUGAAACAGGAAGAUAUUUCUGAGAUUGAACUUAUUGGUGGCUCGACUCGUAUCCCAGCUGUCAAAUCACUAAUCGAGCAGGUCUUUGGCAAACCACCCUCCACAACUCUGAAUCAGGACGAAUGCGUUGCCCGUGGCGCUGCUAUUAUGGCUGCCAUGCUGUCUCCCAGUUUCAAGGUCCGUGAAUUCUCUCUUACCGAUCUUCAGCCCUAUGCAAUCAACUUGAAUUGGAGCGGCGAAGACGUUGAGCACGGGUAAGUUUAUCUUUUAAUUUGUCGCAUGGAUGGGCGCUCCGUAUUGAAAACUAUUGCUAAAUUUCAUAAAGCUUUACAUAAUUUUGCUUGGACAAUCAUGUGUAAGUGGUGUAUAAAAUGAAAUGCGUGUUGAAUACAAAUUUUAAAUCGCG